UCCCUCUCCGUAUCCUGGUGUUCCCAACCCCUCUGUAACCUUGGCGGUGCCUCCGGCAGCCCGUCCUGCUUUUUCUGCUUUUUGUUUCAACGACAGCUCGCUCGGGAGGUGUGCCCUCUUUCUCCCUGACCUUGCAGCAGUCAGCAGCGUUGUUGCUUGGAGCGAAGAGUCGCAUUUUUAGGUGAUCAAGGUUGGGAGUCAUUGUCGUUUCCCUGGCUAAAGAAAAAUGGCAGUGGACUACUUUUUGCAUGAGAAGAUCUGGUUUGAGAAAUACAAGUAUGACGAUGCUGAGAGAAGAUACUACGAGCAGAUGAACGGGCCAGUUAGCAGCUCUUCACACCAGCAGGAGAACGGAGCCAGCACGAUCCUACGCGACAUUGCCAGAGCCAGGGAGAAUAUCCAGAAAUCGCUGGCCGGACAGAAGACAGUUCCUCGUAGCAAAGAAGCUCCUUCUGCCCGUCACAAGAGGCAGUCAGGCCGCUCAACUAGUGCAAGCACAACCGCUUCUGGGCCUGCUGGUGACCAAAAUGAACUCCUUUCCAGAAUUUCUCACCUGGAGGUAGAAAAUCAAAACCUUCACAGUGUUGUUGCAGACCUUCAGAUGGCCAUCUUCAAGUUGGAAAGCCGCCUGAAUGCUCUGGAAAAGUCAUCUACCUCCCACCAGCCUUCGCCGGUUCCUCCAACCCAGAAAGUGGAACCAUUCAGUGUUCCCUCCAAGAAAGUGGAGCUCCCAUCUGCUUCACCGGCAAAGAAAGUUGAACCAGCUGCUGCAGAGGAAGAUGACGAUGAUGACAUUGACCUUUUUGGUAGUGACGAUGAAGAGGAAGACCAAGAGGCUGCCAAAGUCCGGGAGGAGAGACUGCGUCAGUACGCAGAGAAGAAGGCCAAGAAACCGGGUCUUAUUGCCAAGUCUUCUAUCCUUCUGGAUGUGAAGCCAUGGGACGAUGAGACUGACAUGGCGAAGAUGGAGGAGUGCGUCCGAUCCAUCCACAUGGAUGGGCUGGUGUGGGGAGCCUCCAAGCUGGUCCCAGUAGGCUAUGGCAUUAAGAAGCUCCAAAUCCAGUGUGUAGUGGAGGAUGACAAAGUGGGGACAGACAUCCUGGAGGAGGAGAUCACCAAGUUUGAAGACUACGUGCAGAGCGUUGACAUUGCUGCUUUCAACAAGAUCUAGAAGCAAAACUGUAUCCCCUCUGAAACUGUAACUAAUAAAGAUGAAGAUUCAGAGUGCA